AUGAACUCUUCUCAUCUUGACAUUAGAGCUACAGCUACAUUUGCCUCAGCCACAUAUUGUCUUCCUAUUGGCUCAACAGGAAUAACCAAUCACAUCCAGGUAGGUCUUCCGACAAGAACCAAUCAGACGCUGAUAUUUACUGGAGGGGCUUUUAAAUACAGUACCAGUUUCCGUGACAACGCCGAACUUGGACGUCUCAUAGAUCUUAAAAAAACUCCUUUGUUGCUAUUGGCCACCCAAUGCGGCCGAGAGGAACAUCGCUGA